UCGCCCUUACACUACUGUUCCCAUUUUUUUUUGUUAACCGCGAAAAGUGUUGUGUUGUUUGGGUAGGCAGGGUGUUCGACGGAAUGGCGAGCGCCGCCGCGGCGACGGGCGCGGCGCUGGGGGCGCGCACGGCGCGGGCGUGCGACGGGUGCAUGCGGCGGCGGGCGCGGUGGCACUGCCCCGCGGACGACGCGUUCCUGUGCCAGGCGUGCGACGCGUCCGUGCACUCGGCGAACCCGCUGGCGCGGCGGCACCACCGCGUGCGCCUCCCGUCGGCGUCCUCCUCGCCGGCAUCCUCCCCUCGCUCGGCGGCCGCUCCACGUGCCGGAUCAGACGACCCCGACGCGCCGGCGUGGCUGCAUGGGCUCAAGCGGCGGCCGCGCACGCCCCGGACCAAGCCCGGGGGAGGCGGCAAGCACGACGCCUCCGCCGCGACGGUGGCCGCGGCGGCGGCGUCGGCGGUCCCGGACCUCGAGGCGGAGGAGUCCGGGAUCGUGGGCGACACCGACCACGACGUCGGGGAAGAGGACGACGAGGACCUGCUGUACCGCGUCCCCGUGUUCGACCCCAUGCUCGCCGAGCUCUACAACCCCGUGGCGGCCGACGACGAGGAGCAGCAGAUCGAGCAGAAGCCUGCUGCACGCGUCGUGCCGUUCUCGGAGCCGUCGCCGGAGUUCGCCUCCGGCUCGGUGGAGGCGGACGGCCUCUCCGGCUUCGACGUGCCGGACAUGGAGCUCGCCAGCUUCGCGGCGGACAUGGAGAGCCUCCUCAUGGGAGUCGACGAGGGGUUCGACGAUCUGGGCUUCUUGGACGACGAGAAGCCUCACGUGAAACUGGACCUGGACAUGGACAUGGACUUCGCCUCCAUCUCGCCGGCGCCGGCGCCGGAGCGGGAGGAGAGGAAGAGGAAGCGGCCGGAGAUGAUACUCAAGCUCGACUACGAGGGCGUCAUCGACUCGUGGGCCCGCGACGGAGCCUCGCCGUGGUUCCACGGCGAGCGCCCUCGCUUCGAUCCCAGCGAGUCAUGGCCGGACUUCCCGGCGGGAAGCCGGGGAGGGCUCGGCGCGGCGGUGACGGCGGUGACCGGCGGCGAGAGGGAGGCGCGGGUGUCGCGGUACAGGGAGAAGCGGCGGACGCGGCUGUUCGCCAAGAAGAUCCGGUACGAGGUGCGCAAGCUCAACGCCGAGAAGCGGCCGCGGAUGAAGGGCCGGUUCGUCAAGCGCGCCGCCGCGCUGCCGCCGCUCCCGCUGCCCAGGCACCAGCAUCCGCCGCCGCCGCCGCCGCGCGCUCUGCCGCCGGUGCCGAUGAUGCUCGCGCCGCGCGGCGCGCACGGGCGCUACCGUUUUUGAGAGCUACCGCUCUCGAUCGGCUUCCGAUGCGCAUGCGCGCGUCGUCUAGCUACAUGCAUGCAUGCAUGCUAGCGAUAGCCGUUUGCGUGAUCCAACAAUAAGUACAAAAAUACUACUAUAUAUAUAUACAAACAUACAAACUCGUCGAAUCAUCGAUCGUAGCAUGUUGGUUUCAGGUUUAAUUGUUUGGGGGUAGUGUUAGUUUUGAGCAGAAUUAAUCUUUGUGAAUUAGGGCGCCCUACCACUCUACUAUACGUACCAAAUGUACCAUGCAUGUGUGCACUGAAGCAGCCGGCAGGUUGUGUACUUGUGCACAAUUUCAUGUGCAAAUUAAGUAGGUAAGUUAUGUGUGUGGUAGCUAGGCUAGGAUGUGUACUUUCUUGGUUUUCUGUAAGAAAGAUCCUGCUAAUUAUAAAGGUUGUUGUAGAUUUUGAUCCCGGAUCAAUGUAUGUAAAGGCCUAUAUGUAUAUACUGGUAUAUAUAUACAGUGUUUAAGAUCAAAGUAGAGAAAUUACAAUGGGAGCUUGUAUAGUUAUAAGCAUGUAAGUAUGUAACUAGAGGAUGUUGAAGCGGAAAUGGCUAGUGUUCUUCUAUUUGUAUGCAUGCCUUCCAAUGCUUUGUUAGUUUGUUGGGUGAUCUCAAGAGCACUAACUGUUGUAAUCACGUGUUAAAUAUUUUUGGAUAAAAAAACUAUAGACA